UGACUCUUGACGAAUCCAACAUGGGCUGUUCUUGUUUUAUGUCCAUCACUGGCACGCAACCCCCUUUGAAGUCAUAAAGAGAUAAGAUUGGCAGAAAGAAACUCAAAGAAACGAGGAAUGCCUUUAUUUAAUUGAAUGAUAAUAAUAAUAAUAGUAAUUGAUGAUUGGGAAGAUGGGUCAAGUGAAACGCUGCAAGCAGCAGGUCUUUGUUGAAGCAGCGGGAACUGGGCUUUUGUGGGUUUUGUCAGAAAUGAGGGAUUGUUCCAUUUCUUGAUGCUGGUUUGGUCAAUUUUCUGGCGAUUCUAGCUGGGAUUGGAGGGUUCUUUUGGGGGCUAUGGAAGAGGAAAGGAUAGAAGAGAGCAGUGUGAGAUUGGGGAGCAGUAGUGCUGGCGAUGGAGGAUCUAGCAGGUGGGUUGAUGGCAGUGAAGUGGACUCAGAAUCCCCGCCGUGGUCACUGCUUGAUGAAGGUGAAAGCAGGGAUGGGUAUGGAUCUGUCAGGAGAAGAUUGGUCAAGAAGCCCAAGAGGGUUGAUUCUUUCGACGUUGAAGCCAUGGAAAUUGCUGGAUCUCAUGGCCACCAUUCCAAGGACCCCUCAAUUUGGCAAACUCUUGGAUUGGCAUUUCAAACGCUUGGUGUUGUGUAUGGUGACAUGGGCACAAGCCCUCUAUAUGUCUUCACUGACGUGUUCAGCAAGGUGCCCAUCGAGUCAGAUGUUGAUGUCUUAGGGGCAUUAUCACUAGUGAUGUACACAAUCGCUCUGAUACCUUUAGCUAAAUAUGUUUUUGUAGUUCUCAAAGCUAAUGAUAAUGGGGAAGGAGGAACUUUUGCUUUAUAUUCAUUGAUCUGCAGGUAUGCUAAAGUUAAUCUGCUGCCAAAUCGCCAGCCAGCAGAUGAACACAUUUCCAGUUUUAAGCUCAAAUUACCCACUCCAGAGUUGGAAAGGGCUUUGAACAUAAAAGAGAAAUUGGAAAAGAAAUCCUCUUUCAAAACCCUUCUCUUGCUAUUAGUUCUGAUGGGAACUUCCAUGGUAAUAGGGGAUGGGAUCCUUACCCCAGCAAUAUCAGUCAUGUCUGCUGUGAGUGGUCUGCAGGGUGAAAUAUCAGGGUUUGGCACAAAUGCUGUUGUAAUUGUCUCAAUUAUUAUUCUUGUGGGAUUGUUUACCAUACAGCAGUUUGGGACUAAUAAAGUGGCUUUUACAUUUGCUCCUGCUCUUGCUUUGUGGUUCUUUAGUCUGGGAUCUAUUGGAAUUUACAACCUAAUUAAGCAUGAUAUCAGUGUUUUGAGGGCUUUCAAUCCAGCUUAUAUCUACUUUUUCUUCAAGAAGAACAGCAAACAGGCAUGGUCAGCUCUUGGUGGUUGUGUUUUAUGCAUUACAGGAGCAGAGGCUAUGUUUGCUGAUUUAGGCCAUUUCUCCGUACCCUCAAUACAGAUUGCCUUUACUUCUGUGGUAUUCCCCUGCCUCCUGUUGGCUUAUAUGGGUCAAGCUGCAUAUUUAAGUAAAUACCCUUCUUCAGCAGAAAGAAUAUUCUACGAUUCAAUCCCUGAAGGCUUCUUUUGGCCUGUUUUUGUGAUAGCCACCAUUGCAGCCAUAAUUGCCAGUCAAGCCAUGAUAUCUGCCUCAUUUUCAUGCAUCAAACAGUCCAUGGCUCUUGGUUGCUUCCCAAGGUUAAAGAUAGUUCACACGUCCAGAAGGCUGAUAGGUCAAAUAUACAUCCCUUUUAUCAACUGGUUUCUAAUGAUCAUGUGCAUCUUGGUGGUUGCAACGUUUAGAAGCACCAAUGACAUAGCAAAUGCAUAUGGCAUAGCAGAAGUUGGCGUCAUGAUGGUCAGCACUACCUUGGUGACACUUGUGAUGCUUCUAAUUUGGCAAACCAACUUAGUUCUUGCUCUUUGUUUCCCCCUUGUAUUUGGGUUGGUGGAGCUUAUCUACUUGUUUGCAGUUCUGUCCAAAAUCAAGGAAGGUGGUUGGCUUCCCCUUGUUUUUGCUUCUUUCUUCCUCUCUGUGAUGUACACUUGGAACUAUGGGAGUGUGUUGAAGUACCAGAGUGAGGUUAGGGAGAAGAUCUCAAUGGAUUUCUUGCUUGAUCUUGGCUCCACCCUUGGGUCUGUUCGGGUGCCAGGAAUUGGGUUACUGUAUAACGAGCUUGUCCAAGGAAUUCCCUCUGUUUUUGGGCAAUUCCUACUGGACCUUCCAGCCAUCCACUCUACCCUUGUCUUCGUUUGCAUCAAGUACGUCCCAAUUCCAGUUGUCCCCCAAGAAGAAAGGUUUCUGUUCCGGCGGGUUGGGCCUAAAGACUAUCACAUGUUUCGGUGUGUUGCGCGAUACGGUUAUAAGGACAUUAGGAAGGAAGAUCACCAUGCAUUUGAGCAGCUUUUGGUUGAAAGCCUUGACAAGUUUUUAAGAAAGGAGGCUCAAGAGCUUGCUCUGGAGACCAGCUUGGAGGAGAUUGAUAGUAUUUCAGAGAGGUCAAGGGACUCAGGAGUUCCACGUAGCGAUGGAAUCGAGGAUCUUAGGGUUCCUUUGAUGAGUGAUCAAAGAUUGGAAGAAGGAGCAACUUCUAUAUCAGCUGGUGAAACUGUCUCCGAGUUGCCAUCUAGUGUCAUGCCAUCAGACGAGGAUCCAAGCCUCGAGUAUGAACUCUCAGCCCUCAGGGAGGCCAUGCAAUCGGGAUUUACCUAUUUGCUUGGACAUGGUGAUGUGAGGGCCAAAAAGAACUCCUGGUUUAUCAAGAAGCUAGUUAUAAACUACUACUAUGCAUUUCUCAGGAGGAACUGCAGAGGCGGCGCGGCGACUAUGAGGGUUCCUCACAUGAAUAUAAUGCGAGUUGCCAUGCAAUACAUGGUUUGAAUCCAUUUUCAUUCUGUUGCCGCUCUGUGAUUGUGUUCAUUUGAACUCCUCCUCAGCAGAUGCUAUCUCCUUUAUCUUCAUAUUCUGUUGUAUUUAUGCAUUCUUUUAAGAAUGUUGAUCCAAGCCUUGUGAAGCAGUUGCUUGCUUUGAAGGAGGUGAAACAGGACAAGCUUUCAAACUUCAGGGGAUUGGAUUCUUGUGAAACAAACAGUGCCAUUCAGUUGUAGUCUUGCUGUAUGAUCAUGAAUGCUGGAUUAGGACCAUGAAUGUAUAAAAGAAAUACUUCUCAUUCCUGUUUAGAUCAGAAAUUAAUAUUGAUAGCAAUGAGAAGGUUGUUUUUAUUGUAAUCAAAAUGUCGAUGUGUUAUUUGUGU